AUGACGGGCGGCUCGAGUUUGCGCAGGCGCUGGGCUGAGGAUCGCGGCACGGCUGCGGGUACAGAGGAGCGCAGCUCGGCAGCGGGGAUAGAGGAGCGCGGCUUCCCGAGGGAGGCGGCAGGCGGCAUGGGCGCGGGCCCGGCGCUGGCCGCGCUGCUGCUGGCCGGGUCGGUGUUGAGCGCCAAGCUUCUGGCCCCUGGCCGCCGGGCGGAGCCAGAUGUAGAUGAAAAGAAGAAUGUGGAGCUGAAGAUGGAUCAGGCUUUGCUUCUCAUCCACAAUGAGCUGAUGGGAACAAGCCUCACUGUGUACUGGAAAUCUGAAUUCUGCUAUCAGUGCACCUUCCAGCCUUUGGCAAAUGUCUCUCACAGUGGCAAACCUGCAAAGCCAAGCAUUGCAGCCGUCUCCGUGAACACCCAGCACGGGUCCAUCCUACAAGUUAAUUAUACCGGGAGAGAAACAGCAGCUUGCAGGCUGGAAUACAAAUUUGGGGAAUUUGGAAACUAUUCCCUUUUGAUACAGCGUGCUUCCUCUGGAAUCGAUGAAAUUGUCUGUGACAUAGUUGUCAAUGACAAUCCAGUCAACAGCAACCUUCCUGUAACCAUCGCAUUCCUUGUUGGUCUAGCACUCAUCAUUGCAAUAUCUUUCCUGAGACUCUUACUGAGUUUGGAUGACUUCAGUAAUUGGAUUUCUAAGACAAUAACUUCUAGAGAAACUGACCGCCUCAUCAAUUCUGAGCUAGGAUCUCCAAGCAGAGCAGACCCCCUCAGUGGUGACUGUCAACCAGAAACACGACGCACAUCUGCCUUGCCAUUCCGUGUCCGAUGCAUGGAUACAUUUAGGGGGAUAGCUCUCAUCCUCAUGGUCUUUGUUAAUUAUGGAGGAGGAAAAUACUGGUACUUCAAGCAUUCAAGUUGGAAUGGACUGACUGUGGCCGACCUAGUCUUCCCAUGGUUUGUAUUUAUUAUGGGGUCUUCAAUUUUCUUGUCAAUGACUUCUACCCUACAACGAGGAUGUUCAAAAUUCAGACUGCUGGGGAAAAUUACAUGGAGAAGUUUUCUGUUAAUCUGUAUAGGAAUAAUUGUUGUCAACCCCAAUUAUUGCCUUGGUCCAUUAUCUUGGGAUAAGGUUCGGAUCCCUGGUGUCCUGCAGCGGUUGGGAGUGACGUACUUUGUGGUCGCUGUGUUGGAGCUCAUCUUCUCAAAGCCUGUCCCUGACAGCUGUACCUUGGAGAGAAGCUGCCUUUCUCUUCAGGACAUCACUUCCAGCUGGCCCCAGUGGCUCAUCAUUCUGAUACUAGAAGGCAUUUGGCUGGCUUUGACAUUCUUUUUACCUGUCCCUGGGUGCCCUACUGGCUACCUUGGCCCUGGCGGCAUUGGGGACUUGGGGAAGUACCCUCGUUGUACUGGAGGAGCAGCUGGCUACAUUGACCACCUACUUCUGGGAGACAAUCAUCUGUACCAGCACCCAUCCUCCACGGUCCUUUAUCACACCGAGGUGGCCUAUGACCCAGAAGGAAUCUUAGGGACUAUCAACUCCAUUGUGAUGGCAUUUUUAGGAGUUCAGGCAGGAAAAAUACUACUAUAUUAUAAGGAUCAGACAAAAGCCAUCCUGAUGAGAUUCGCUGCCUGGUGCUGCAUCCUUGGGCUUAUUUCUAUUGCUUUGACGAAGAUGUCUGCAGAUGAAGGCUUUAUUCCAAUAAACAAAAACCUCUGGUCCAUCUCGUACACCAGCACACUGAGCUGCUUCGCAUUCUUUAUCCUGCUCAUUCUGUACCCAGUUGUGGAUGUGAAGGGGCUGUGGACAGGAACCCCGUUCUUUUACCCAGGGAUGAAUUCUAUUCUGGUGUAUGUUGGUCACGAGGUGUUUGAGAACUACUUCCCCUUCCGGUGGAAGCUGGAGGAUGACCAGUCACACAAAGAACACCUAAUCCAGAACAUAGUUGCCACUGCUCUCUGGGUGCUCAUCGCAUACAUUCUCUAUAAGAAGAAGAUUUUUUGGAAAAUCUGACAGCACUCACUGACAUGUAAUUGCUGGAUGUUUUGGGAGCAGGAUGUAACAGCCUUUUAAAGGGAAACCUCUCUCACAAAAGGGAUGUACUUCCAGAUGCUGUGUCCACACCAAUUUGCUUAAAUGUCAGAAAGCUGCCUGUAUGUUUUUUCUUACACAUUUACAUUUGAAAUGUUAUGUUCUCCCUUUUCUUCAUUUUCUAUGAAAUUACUCUAUUUGGGACAUAUGUAGAAAUCUCCCUGGAGGGAGUUUACCAUGGACAUUUUGCCUCUGCAAUGGAGGCCAAGGUUUGAUUCAGAGGUAGAGUGAUUUCCUAGCUUGGACAGUUUGAUCCCUGGCACGACAAUCAAGCCAACAACAAGAACACAAGAAAACCCCAAAUAAUUGAAGGACAGAUUCUAAUUUCCUGAGAACUGACUUCCCAUGUGCCUAUGCAUGCCAACAAAGAUAUUGUGGUUUCUGUUGUGAGACUUACAUAAAGCUUUUUGAACGGA